AUGGCGCAGUCAACCGUCAGCGACCCCACUCACGAGGUCGCAGAGGCCAUCAUCGUUGUUGGCACCCGAGAGAAGUGGGUGAGCUUCCUCUUGACCCCGGAUGCCAAGGCGAGGGCGAAGGCGGCAUUCGCACGGCGCGGGCGGAUCCGCAAUGUGCUUGGAAGUGUCGACGCCACACUGAUUGCCAUACAUCAGCCACAAGACCUCAAUUCAGGCUACACCGAGAGCUUCCUGACCCGCAAGAAUUAUUGUGCACUCAACACCAUGGUCAGACCACAUGUCAUCUUUUUACGAUACAGGAGACUCUGGGUAAGCCUUGGAGCCUUGGCUGCUGACGCCAGUGCCCGGACACCCAGCUGGCGAUACCCCGAGGGCCGAUUUAACAAGGCGCACGCCUCCAUGCGCAAUGUUGUGGAGAGAUGCAUCGGGGUACUGAAGAGCAGGUUCGGCUGCUUGCAGCACUACAGGACGAUGCUCUACAGUCCCGAUCGAGCAGCGGCAAUCAUUGGUGCUUGCGCUGCUCUCCACAACAUUGCCUUGGAGGCAGGAGAGCCGCUGUUUGAGGGCGACGACGAGUGCCCGGAUGUGCUGGGUACCGGGUGUGCUGCCUGA